GAGGAGGGGGGGUCACGUGUGCUCGGCUAGGGAAGUUAAAGUUUAUUCUAUACAGGAUGAACGAGGAGGCAGCGACUGGCACCAGCACCGGGCAAUCAGUGGAUGCAAUGUGCAAAAAGCGGGAAGAUUACUUAGAAUGGUGUGAAUAUUUUAUGGCCGUCGCCUUUUUAUCUGCUCAGAGGAGUAAAGAUCCCAGCUCCCAAGUUGGAGCAUGCAUUGUAAAUCCCGAGAACAAAAUUGUUGGUAUUGGAUACAAUGGAAUGCCCAAUGGCUGUCCUGAUGAUGCCCUUCCAUGGGCAAGAACAGCAGCAGAUAAACUUGAUACAAAGUACCCAUAUGUCUGCCAUGCCGAGCUGAAUGCCAUUAUGAACAAGAAUUCAGCAGAUGUAAAAGGGUGCGUCAUGUACGUUGCUUUGUUUCCAUGCAAUGAAUGUGCCAAGCUAAUCAUACAAGCAGGCAUUAUAGAAGUGAUCUACAUGUCGGACAAGUACCAUGGCUCUCCAGAAAUGAAGGCUGCAAGGCUUCUGUUUAACCUUGCUGGUAUCAGAUACACGAAAUUUGUUCCCAAGCGAAAAAGUAUAGUCAUCGACUUUGAUUCGAUCAAUAAGAACAGUCCGGGUCGGACACAGAUGUGA